CUUCGUACCACACCUAUACAGGUGAGGACGUAGGCAAAUCACCAUUAUCCGUUGUUCCCAUCUAGACUCAUCUAGAAUAAUGUCGUACUUUGUGAGAUCCAGCACUGCUCCAAGGAACUUCUCCAGCUCAAGCGCCUCCGGCAACCCUGGGCAACGAGGGGUCCGGUCUAGUGCGGCUAGUGUGUUCGGGGGAGCUGGAGGCAUUGGUUCCCGCAUCUCCACUGCAAAUGUUCGGAAUCUCUCCAAUAUGCUGCGCCCUCAUGUGCAGCUGGAUAACGGGCGACCAGUUAUUUCUCCAGCGAAUGAGAAAGAAACUAUGCGGGGCCUCAACGACCGCCUUGCUGGAUACCUCUCCAAGGUGCGAACGCUGGAGGAGUCCAAUAGCAAAUUGGAGGAUCAAAUUAAAGAGGUCUUGAAGACAAGAGGCACUGGCACUGAGAGGGACUGGAGUAAAUAUGAGCAGCCACUUGCUGCCCUGAAGGAGCAGCUCCAAGAGAUGACACUGGAAAACGCCCGACUCUUGCUGCAGAUUGAUAAUGCAAGGCUGGCUGCUGAUGACUUCAAAGUAAAAUCUGAGACUGAGCAGAACAUGCGCCAGGGCGUGGAGCAGGACAUCGCAGGCUUGCGCAAACUCGUUGAUGAAACCCAGCUGAGCCGCAUGCAGCUGGAGAGUCAGAUCGAAUCGAUGAGGGAAGAGCUGCUGUUCCUCAGGAAGAACCAUGAGGAGGAUGUCGACGAGCUGAAAGGCCACAUCAACAACUCCAACGUGUCUGUAGAAAUGGACAACCGCAAGGGCGAAGAUCUCAACGAGACGAUCACCAAGAUCCGUAAGGACUAUGAAAAAGUUGCUCAGAAGAACCGUGAGGAGACAGAGGCCUGGUAUCAGUCUAAGUUUGACAACAUAACCGCUGAGGUGAGCAAGAACACUGAGGCACUGCAGACAGGCAAAAGUGAGCUGAAUGAUCUGCGCAGACAGAAGCAGUCCUUGGAGAUCGACGCUCAAGGUUUACACAACAUGAAUCGCUCUCUAGAGGACACUCUGAAUGACACGCAGAAUCGCACGUCCCAGGAGAUGAACCAAUUUAACAAGAUCAUCCUGCAGCUAGAAGAUGAGUUGGGCCAGCUGCGGGCCCAGGUUGAGCGGCAGGGGAUGGAAUACAAGACUCUGCUCAACCUCAAGAUGAAGCUGGAGGCUGAGAUUGACACCUACCAUUGCUUGCUGGAGGGCGAUGGUGCUGCAUAUUAUGACAAUGCUGACGACAAAGUGGAUUUUUCUUUAGAGCAGGCAUUACAGGCCGCUCCGCCACCAGCCGCUCUUAAGAAGGUUCUCAUCAUAAACCAGGAGCUGGUGGAUGGGGAGGUCGUCUCUCAGACCCAACAUGAGACUAUCCCCACAAAUGGUGACAUGACCCAGGAGGAAGAGGAGGAGGAGGCGGAAGAACAAGAUGUAUCAGAACGCCAGAGCGUCAGCCCAGCUGAGGAGGACGGAGGAGAGGAGAGUGACACCGCAGACCAGCAGCCAGAAGAGGGGGAGGAGAGAGAGGAGGGACAACAGGCCGACGCCCCACCGCUGGAGGACGAGGCCGUCCAAGAUGAGGAAGAAUAGAAGGAAUGCGCUAUCAACACCUGGCUCUACCCAACCCCACAUACCUCUUCCUCCCCCACCGUAACACUGCUGCAUUCCUCUUGUGCCUAAUCCCCUCAGUAUCUGAUGGCCCUGGAGACCGACUUACCACUUGUACUGUACCCUCAAUGCAAUAAACUAAGCAUCUUAAACCAA